AUGCCCCCGGCCGCGCUGUCAGACGCCCUCGCGCAGCUGGUGCGCCACGCGGCGCGCGUCGACGUCGUCCGCAUCACCUUGGGGGCCCCGGCCCCAGCCCCGUGGGCCCCCACGCCACGCCGUCCCACAGCCCCAAAGCUGCGGCGGCCACGCCGACGAGCCGGCGGCCGCGCCGCCGCGGAUGCGGCCCCGGAACUCCUGGAUUCCGAGGCUCUGCCCGACAGGCUCGCGGCCUGGGUCACAGAUGCGGUGGUGCGCGUGCUGACUGACGGCCGGCCCGAGCACCUCACCCUCGCCGCGAGGCUGCCUGGGGGGUGCGUGCCGGACCUGGCGGCGGCCUUGGGCGCGAACGGCAGUCUGAGGGAGCUCUGUCUGGCUGGCAGCUGCCUGGGCGACGCAGGGCUGCAGGCGCUCCGCCCCGCGCUGGCCGGCCACCCCCGCCUACACUCCCUCGACCUGUCGGGCUGCCGCCUGACCGACGCCUCGGCCGCGCUGCUGGCCGGCGUGCUGGCGGCGCGGGCGGGCAAACUUGCAGAGAUGGCCUGGGUGCACGGGCUGCGGGGGGAGGGAGGUGCUGCUGCUGCGACGCGAGCGGGGGCGGCGCGAGGCGAUGCCCUGGACGGGGCCGGCGGCGGCGGCGGCGGCGGCAGCUACUGCCUCACAGACCUGGUUUUGAAUUGCAACGACAUCACCGACGAAGGCGCAUUGCACCUCGCGGCGGCGCUGAUUGACGGACCCGCUGGCGGUGCGCCGCGGCGGCUCGAGCUGCGCCGCUGCCGGCUGACCGCGCGCGGCGCGGAGGCUGUCCGGGUCGCGCUGGCGAGGGACGGUGGCGGCGGUGGGGCGCUUGUUGUUGACCUCCGGGACAAUGGCUUGGGCCCCAACAACGACGGCGGCGGCUUGAGGGGCAGCAACAGCAGCAACGGCAGCCAGGCGCAAGGCGGCAAGGACGGCGGCUGCCACGGCGUCGAGGGCGGCCGGCGGGCAGCGGCGGCGUGCGCGGCCUCGGCGGUGCUGUGGGGGCCGUCGGAGCCCAGCAGCGCCUGGCGAACGCGCGCGCCACGCCGCGCCUGGGGCGGCGCCGGUGUUGGGCGAUUGCGCCGUGCAGCCGCGCAGGACAGCUCUGGCGGCGGCGCGGCGCACACGACUCAGCAGGGCUCGGGCCCCCUGCUGGGGCGCGCGGGCGCGGCUGGCGGAUGGCAGCUGGGAGUGUCGCGGCAAUCCAGCUUGCUGCCGCGAAUAGUGGAGGCGGCCUGGCCAGGGUGUGGGGAGCCGGGUGAGCCCACCAGCGAUGGCGGCUCCGACACAGGCCCGGACGAUGGCGACUGGUUUGGCGACGACGCAGAGGAUUGCGCAUGGGACGCGCUCGCACAGAGUGGCGCAGCCCACCUGGACAGGGACCUGCCUUUCAAGAGUGCGGCGGAGCAGUCCUUUGACACUCAGCGGCGGCUGAAGGCGCACGGGGCUGCGUUGAGUGGGGCGGGGCAGCGGCUGCGCUGCAAGGUGCCGCUGCACGAGGUGUCAAAACGUCAGCAGCAGCUGGGGCAGCAGCAGGAGCAGGAGCAGCAGCAGCAGCAGCAGCAGCAGCAGCAAGAGCAGCAGCAGGAGCGGCAGCAGCAGGAGCGGCAGCAGCAGCAGCGGCAGCAGCAGCAGCGGCAGCAGCAGCGAGGAGAGGCGGUCGGCAUGUGCCUGGACAUGGCGGAGCCGAUGCGAGGGCCGCAGGCGCACAUGGGUGAUGGGCUGGCCAGCGCGCUGCGCCUGAUUGAUGCCCCUGGCGUGGUGGCCCCAGGGGCCGCCCUUGCUGGCUGCACGUUCGCGGGCCUGCAGCAGUCGUUCUCACAGGUGGGUGCCUUGCUGGACGGCCUCGAGGCGGCGCUGCUGCUGGCUGCUAGGCAGCCGGUGUGA